AUGGACCAUCCGAGCUCGUUUAUUCCGGCUCUUCACAAGCCGAGCUCACUGCUACCGAUCGCGCGCCACAAGCAUGCGCUCCUCUACACGGUGGAAAAGUACCCUGUGACGGUUUUGAUUGGCCAGACUGGGAGUGGAAAGACGACUCAACUGCCACAGUAUCUGGAGGAAGCAGGCUGGUGCAAUGAUGGCAAGAUCAUUGCCAGACAGCCGCGCCGAGUGGCAGCGACUACUGUUGCAAAAAGAGUGGCUGAGGAGAUGAGAUGUCAGCUGGGCCAAGAAGUUGGCUAUUCAAUUCGUUUUGAAGAUGUCACCUCUGCUGCAACCAGGAUCAAAUUCCUCACGGAUGGCCUUCUCCUCAGAGAGGCGUUGGUGGAUCCGCUCCUCUCGAGGUAUAGCGUAAUUAUGGUCGACGAAGCCCAUGAGCGUAGCCUGAGCUCCGAUGUUCUGCUUGGUGUUCUGAAGAAGAUUCGAAAGCGAAGGCCAGAGUUGAGGAUUGUUAUCAGCUCAGCUACGCUACAAGCCGAGGACUUCUUGCAAUUCUUCGCCAACACCGAGGACACACAGGAAGCCAGCGAUCAAAAGACAACAGAUAUUGGUCGCAUCGUGAGUGUCGAAGGUCGAGCAUUUCCCGUGGACACCCACUAUCUCUCGGAGCCCUGCGAAGAAUAUUUGGAACGAGCAAUCAAGACUGUCUUUGAUAUUCACACGACAGAGCCCGAGGGCGAUAUCCUGAUAUUCUUGACAGGGAGGCAUGAGAUCGAAAGAGCGAUCGAAAUGAUUGCAGACAGAUUGCCUUCGCUUCCCAAAAACUCUGGCAAGAUCUUGCCAUAUCCACUGUACGCAGGUCUCACGACCGAGCAGCAGAUGUAUGUCUUCGAGCCAGCGCCAGAAAACACGCGCAAAGUAAUCUGCUCCACAAACAUAGCAGAAGCGAGUGUCACAAUUGAUGGCAUAGUCUAUGUCAUCGAUUCUGGAUUCGUGAAGCUCAGAGCUUUCAAUCCGACUACUGGCAUUGAAACGUUGACCGCGACGCCUGUGUCUAAAGCAUCAGCUACGCAACGAGCAGGUCGAGCAGGCCGGACAAAGCCCGGUAAAUGCUACCGGCUGUAUACUAAGGAAGCUUUCAACUCGUUGGAGGAUGCCACCGUACCAGAGAUCCAACGCUCGAACUUGGCACCGACCAUUUUACAGCUCAAAGCUCUGGGCAUUGACAACAUCGCACGUUUCGACUUCAUCACCCCACCGCCUUCCGAGCUCAUCAUUCGAGCCUUGGAACUUUUGUAUUCCUUGGGUACUUUGGACGACUACGCAAAGCUCACAAAACCACUAGGAACAAGAAUGGCCGAACUUGCACUUGAGCCAAUGCUCGCCAAAUGCCUCCUCACCGCCAAGACCUUCGACUGCCUCUCCGAAAUACUGACCAUCGCGGCGAUGGUCAGUCUUCAAGGCAAUGUGUGGUUCACUCACGAUCUCAAAAAAGCCGAAGAAACGGCAAGAAGGAAGUUCGCGGUCGAAGAAGGCGAUCAUCUGACAUUACUCAACGUCUAUCAAGCUUUCGUCACCAAGGGCAAAAAGGAAGCCAAGUGGUGUCAACAGCACUAUCUCAACUUCAAAUCAAUGUCCCGAGCGGUCAGCAUACGAAAUCAGCUCAGACGCUACCUGGAGCGGUUCGGCAUCGAUGUCACUGAGUCAUUGAGUGGCAAUGAUGUCCUGAAAGCAGGAGGACGAGCGAAAGAGGAAUCCAUUCGUCGAUGUCUGACAAGCGGCUAUUUCGCGCAUGCCGCGAGGAUGCAACCGGAUGGCACAUUCCGCACCAUCGACGGCGGCACUGUACUGCACGCACAUCCGUCAAGUCUGAUGUUCAACAGGAAAGCCGACUGGGUGAUAUUUACGGAAAUCAUGGAGACGGGAGACAAGACUUUCAUUCGUGACGUGACCAAGAUCGAGAAGAGCUGGUUGCUCGAGUACGCACCUGAUUUCUAUAAGGUGUCUGAUACAAGAUAG